AUGGCUACCAGCGGAUCAGCUAAAUACCGUGUUGUUUCCCAUAAUACUGUUCCUGUUCCUUUCGAUCAACAAUAUUUCGACCUCGAUGAUGCGAUGAUGAUGCCGGAGAACCUUCAAGCCACGCUUCAAACAGUCAUCCAUUUGGUUUCCGACAUGCCGACGGUUCAUUAUGCAACCGGUAGUUGCUCCAUUUGCAUGGAAAGUUUCUGGUCGUCGGAGGGUACUUCAGCUGCUCCUAGGCAAGUCUCAUGUGGCCAUGUUUAUCACCAUAAUUGUAUUACCGAUUGGCUCUUAAAUAGCAACAGCUAUUCUUGCCCUCUUUGCCGCCGCCAAGUUUCCCGAUGA